UCAACCAGGCUCCCUCCUGUCAGAUGGAGGGAGCAGGGGCGGCGCCUGGGGGUUGCUAUAGCAACUCCAAAAAUUGGCCUAGCAACGGCUUAGCAACCCCAUUGUUCUGUUAUGAAAAUGUAUCUAUAUUUAUACACAUUCUCGCGAGAUCUAUCAGGGGUCGUUGUACGUUAAAGCGCGAACUGUUACUUGGCUAAUGUUGUUCUAAUUCUCAGUGUGUGAACCAUGAUGUGAACACAGAUCGAAAAUGGAAAGAUUUCUCACAAGUCAGCGUAAACGACCGCGAUCUCCAACGGAGCCGGUCCAGCCGGACAACCCUGCUAUCCACAAGGAUCCCGAUGUCCACUAUGAAAACCGGGAGGAUUGGGACCACGAAGAACAGGUGCCCCCGCCAACUGACCCGCUGCACCCGCAGCAGCAGGACCAGCUAGCUGCUACCGCGAGCUGCAGUGGAACGAGCGCUGCUCCCCUCCACACCGUCAUUGACAUCAGCCAGUCAGCCUGUGAUGGACCAAGACGUCCUAUGCUGAGAAAAUACCCGACCAAGAAGUACGGACUGCAAAUGCGGUCAUUUAAUAGUCGAUGGUACGAGCAAUAUACUUGGCUCGAGUACUCAGUGACUAUGGACAGUUUAUUUUGUUUUGCCUGCAGGCAUUUUGCUCAUGAAGGACGCCGGUUCCAUAAAGAAACCGCCUUUACCCAUGACGGAUUUAGCACCUGGGUUAAAGCUAAGCAGUCAUUCCUUACACAUGAUGUGAGUGGAGGACAUAAAUACGCCAUGGAUGCAUGGUCUGAAUUUAAAUUAAGGAAAGAGAGUGGCUCAAAAAUCAGCACCGCACUCAGCGAGGGACAUUCACAAAGUGUGCGUGACAACAGGGAAUAUAUGCGGGCAGCUGUGGAAGCUUUGCGUUACAUUGCGUGUCAAACCAUUACACAACGAGGGCACAGGGAGGGUGAAGCAUCACACAGGGGGAACUUCAUCGAACUGUUAGACCUGAUUGGCAAGUUUGACAAAACUGUGGCAAAAACAAUAUCCGAUAAUCCGAGAAAUGCAAAGUACUCACACCACGACAUACAAGAUGAGCUCAUUGAGCUGAUGGCAAAUAUGGCCAGGGAUCAAAUGAGUGGGGAAGUACAGGAAGCUGGAGCGUUUGCACUGAUGGUGGAUGAGAGCACAGACGUGAGUCAAAAGGAGCAGGUGUCUGUGGCAGUGCGCUACAUACAUAACGAUGGCAUCCAGGAGGAGUUCCUUCACUUCACCCCAGCUGAUGGACUGGACGCCGAUUCUCUUUUUACUACGAUCAAACAGACGCUCAGUAAAUGCAACAUUGAUCACAACAUGUGCAUUGGCCAAUGCUACGACGGUGCCGCUGUGAUGUCGGGGUGCACUGACGGUGUGCAGGAGAGGCUUCGGAAGGAGGUGCCACAGGCCCUUUAUGUACAUUGCCAUGCCCACCGGCUACAUUUAGUUUUAGUUGACUGCGUCAAGAAUGUAAGACCAGCAGGGGAUUUUUUUGAAGUUGUGCAGAUGCUGUAUCAUUUAUUUUCUGGCUCUGUCGUGCACAACAUUUUCCAUAAAAAACAAAAGGAACUUGAACCAACAGAAAAGCCGGUUGAACUAAAAAAGCUGCCAGACACUAGAUGGGCUUGUCAGUAUUCAGCACUGUGGGCCAUUCAGAAAACACUGCCAGCAAUCUAUGCCACGCUCGAUGAGGUCAUCACGCAGUCACGCGCUCGCAGGAAGACAGAAGCUCGAGCUGUGAAGGCACUGAUCGACGCUCACUUUGCUGUGCAACUCACUCUAUUUGAGGAUAUGUUUCGGGCCACCAAAUUAUUGUCCGACUAUAUACAGUCCCCAGAUCUGCAACUGGCAUCUGCUACGGAUCUCGUUGAGUCGGUAAUUACAUCCCUCUCCGAAAAGCGAAACGAAAAAUCAUGGAAUGAAAUUUUGGACAAAGCACAAGCCCUCUCCAUCAAGACUGGCAUCCUCCUCCUCCAGUUGAGACAAGAGCGACGUCAGCCUCAGCCUGCAAGCCACCUACAGGGGUUUGUAGUUGAUGCUCCAGCAGCAACACGUCCACCACUCACCUCCUCUGAUGACAUCCGAAAGCACUGCUACUACCCUGUCAUUGAUAGACUCGUCAAUGAAAUGAAAAGGCGGUUUUCGUCUGAAUCUUGUGGAGUUCUACAGGGCGCGUCUGCCUUAAACCCAGCACAUGAGUCAUUCCUUGAGAUGGAACACCUGUCACCCAUGGCCCAGUAUUAUGGGGUAAACACGGACAACCUGUCUGCAGAACUGCACCAAGUUCGACGGCUCCUUGACCGAACAAAGCAGCAGCAGGGACACACUGUGAAAACCACGCACGAAUUUCUCUCGCUUCUCCGGCCAUACAAGGACGCAUUUAUUGAUUUGCACAGACUUGUGUGUAUAUCGGUCACACUGCCUGUCACGCCUGCAACCUGCGAACGCAGCUUUUCUGGUUUACGGCGUGUCAAAAACUACAUGAGGAGCAACAGCGGGGACUUAAGGAAUAUCAAUGUGGCUUUGCUGUCCAUCAACGCAGAACGUGCACGAGCCCUUGAUGAGCAGGAGAUCAUAGACGCUUUUGCUUUGAACCACAAUAACAGAUGCAUUGUCCUGCUCUGACAGAUGUGACCCAUUGAUGAGUGAGGGGGUUCUUCUAGAAUGGAGGCCAGCUCAAGGGGGACACGAGACAAACAAGGUCGGGAACCGCUGUAUCAGAGGACACUCACCACGGGGAUGGCGUGUGUGACUCCGUCUCCGCUGUCGAUCACGACCCCGGUCAGCGUUCUCUCUCCGACCUGACGAGACGUCCAGGACGCCGCCAACGCCAACACCGCCUGAAGAACGGAGGGUUAAUACAUCCAUUAGUCGCUUGUCCAAUUUUAGACAUGAGUUAUAUUUUAAGAUGAGUAAAACAUUGCAAGAGUUGUUUGCUCUUAAACUUUUUUAGCACACAUUUCUUUGGGAAUUAAGAAAUACACAUUUUUAGUUCCCUAUUAAAACAAUUCCAGAUAA